GUCCAGGGCUGGCGGGGGAAGACUGUAGCGCUGGCAGCAUCAGAGCCCAGCAGUGCGCUCCGUCAAGCCGUUUGCUGCUGGGAGAUCAGCGCUUUGCAAUAAAACACAGGCUUAACCGAAGGAAUACAUUCCUCCUGUGGAUUUAUACUUAUAAUAAUAGUGAUGGCAGUUACUCAGGCUGGAUGUGACUUGACAUACUGCAGGAUGAGGGCCAUCGUGUCCGUUCUUACCGCUUUUAUUAAAGAAAGGAAGAUGGGCUUAAACGACUUCAUCCAGAAGCUUGUUUCCAACCCUCCCAUCUGUCAACAUGCCGAGGUUGGUUCGUUCUUAAAAAUCGAUGAGAACCAGAAUGAGGAGCUGGAGGAGAAUCACCUGUAUUUGGCCAAUCCCAGGAGCUCUUUGGCUGAGGAGACUCAGAUCAAACCUUCGGAUUUUGACUACUUAAAGAUCAUUGGGAAGGGGAGCUUUGGAAAGGUUCUGCUCGCAAGGCACAAGAAAAAUGAACAAUACUAUGCUGUGAAGGUGCUGCAGAAGAAAAUCAUUCUGAAAAAGAAAGAGCAAAAGCAUAUCAUGGCAGAAAGGAGUGUAUUAAUGAAAAAUAUCAAGCAUCCAUUCCUGGUGGGGCUGCACUACUCUUUCCAAACCACAGACAAACUGUAUUUUGUGCUAGACUACGUCAAUGGAGGCGAGCUGUUCUACCACCUCCAGCGUGAGCGGGUGUUUUUGGAGCCCAGGGCGAGGUUUUAUGCUGCUGAAAUCGCUAGUGCACUCGGUUACCUCCACUCACUGCACAUAGUUUACAGAGACUUAAAGCCAGAGAACAUCCUCCUGGACUCUCAGGGCCACAUUGUGUUGACAGAUUUUGGUCUAUGCAAAGAAGGACUGGAACCCAACGGCACAACCACAACGUUCUGUGGAACUCCCGAGUACUUGGCUCCCGAGGUGCUUCAGAAACAGGCAUAUGAUCGUACAGUGGACUGGUGGUGCCUGGGAUCAGUGCUCUUUGAGAUGCUGUAUGGACUGCCUCCAUUCUACAGUCGCAACACAGCCGAGAUGUACAGCAACAUCCUUCACAUGCCUCUAGUCCUGAAGCCUAAUGUGUCCAACGCUGGCCGUGACCUGCUGGAGGGUCUGCUGCACAAGGACCGUACCAAGAGACUGGGCUCCAAAGAUGAUUUUCUGGAAAUGAAGUUCCACAGCUUUUUCUCUCCCAUCAACUGGGACGACCUCAUGGCCAAAAAGAUCAUGCCUCCUUUCAUUCCUACAGUGACUGGUCCCACUGAUCUCCGGCACUUUGACCCAGAGUUCACCCACUUACCCGUGUCGACCUCUCUAUGCAACACCGAUAACCUGCACGUGACCAGCAGCGUACGGGAGGCUGCCGGAGCAUUCCCAGGCUUUUCUUACGGUCCCCCGGCUGACCAUGCCUUCCAGUAAUGGCUUCCAUGACCCUCCAGAACGUCCAUUCCAGCAUCACUAGACGCAUCCAGAAGAAGGACCACAGUGUGGGACACUUAGCUCUUCCGAUUUAUUUGCAUGCACGACCUGGCAGCACAAGGGACACUCGUGCAUUACCAAGAGGAAUGUGGGACAUUGUAGGACACAAACUACAGUAACAACAACUUCCAGAAAAGAUGCAAUGUGUGCCAAUGGAUGCAGAGAGGACUUGAGCUCCUAGAAAGAGAGCUUAGAAGUGCCUGAGAGUUUAACUGAUGAUCUGUGGAAAAAACAGGCAUUUGUACAACAAACUAUUGCCUGCCAGAGACAAUGGCACCAGCUACUAGGCGAAACGCCUUUUGUGAUCUUUUACAUUUGAUCAAAAUGUCUUUGGAUGAUGUUUUAUUUAUUUGCAUUUUUCAUGCAUCAUUGCACAGUGGAGGUAAAGGAUCAAGAAAAGUACAAAAUACAUGGACGGUCUGAAAAAGGAGUUAUCAUAUCAACCCCCACCAAUACAAGAGGAUACACAGGCUGUCCGACUCAAAUAUCAAUACAUUUUUACUGAAUACAAAUGUUAAUUUAAUAACUGCAUUAUUUAUCAUACUGCAUUAUAUUAGUGUGGUUUAGCUUAACUCUUCAGUCCUACUUAAAACUUCCUAAGCUACGUUUAGGUUUAUAUUAGAAGGAAAAUUAGUUAAACAAGGCUUUUAGCUGUGAUUAUUUGUCUGAAUGACUAGAAGAUAUCCUGUGUUCCUCCUAAAAUCAAUAUUUUGUCUUACAAGUACUUUCUUUCCUUUUUUUUUCUCCAAUGCCAGCACUUUUACACAAAAUGCCAGACACUGUGUUUCCUGGGAAGGCAAUUUUAGUAGUCGCACAUCACAUUCUGUUACAUUUAGUGAGAUGGAUGUAUGUUUUAUACGUCUGUUUAUCAUUGCUAUCUGAAGUGAUUGCUGUCCAUUGCAAACACAGCAUGUCGAUUAGAUUGUAUUGAAACCUUUGCAUCAUGUACAGAAGUUAUGUAGGAG